AUGAAUGAUUUCAUCGUAGCCGGCAAGUAUCGGAUCAUCCGCAAGAUAGGAUCCGGCUCGUUCGGCGAUAUCUAUCUCGGCAUCAACAUCACCAACGGUGAGGAGGUCGCACUGAAGGUGGAAAGCAUACUUGCCCGCCAUCCGCAGCUAACCUACGAGUACAAACUGUACAAAGUGCUGACCGGUGGCGUUGGCAUCCCGCACAUCCGGUACUUUGGACAGGAGCGCAGCUACCAUGUACUGGUGAUGGAUCUGCUCGGACCGUCGCUGGAGGAUCUGUUCAACUUCUGCAGCCGGCACUUCACGAUCAAAACCGUGCUAAUGCUGGUGGACCAGAUGAUCGGGCGGCUCGAGUACCUGCACAUGAAGAACUUUAUCCAUCGCGACAUCAAACCGGACAACUUUCUGAUGGGCAUUGGCCGGCACUGCAACAAGCUGUUCCUGAUCGAUUUCGGGCUGGCCAAGAAGUAUCGGGACUUCCGUUCGCGCAUCCACAUCUCGUACCGGGAGGACAAGAACCUGACCGGUACCGCCCGUUACGCGUCGAUCAAUGCGCAUCUCGGUAUCGAGCAGAGCCGCCGCGACGAUAUGGAGUCGCUCGGGUACGUGAUGAUGUACUUCAACCGAGGUUCGCUACCGUGGCAGGGGCUGAAGGCGACCAACAAAAAGCAAAAGUAUGAGAAGAUCUCGGAGAAGAAGAUGUCCACCCCGAUCGAGGUGCUGUGCAAGGGCUUUCCGGCGGAGUUUGCGAUGUACUUGAACUACUGCCGUAGCUUGCGCUUCGAGGAAGGCCCGGACUAUAUGUAUCUGCGGCAGCUGUUCAGAAUUCUGUUCCGCACCCUAAACCAUCAGUACGACUACACCUUCGACUGGACAAUAAUGAAACAGCGGGCAAUGCAGCAAGGCAGCAAUAACCCGCCCGCCGUUACGUCCGGCGAAAACAAGCGAGAGGAGCGACGUGAUAAAGAUAAGCUGUCCAGCGAUACGGAUGAAUAGGGGA